AUGGCGAUCGCAAAGAGUCUCCAGCUGGACUUGUUCCCGAAAGGAUUCCCGAGUCUAAUGAAAGCAGACUGGGCCUUGAUCUCAGGCGUUGCUUUCUUGCUUAUGGCAUUGCUACUGUUAAAGCUUGCAUAUUCCACGGACAUUCCCAAAAUCUCCGGCAUUCCAGAGCUCCCAGGCGCAAAGCCCUUCAUCGGCCAUCUUCACCUGCACGCCGGUGCCAGUGGCGAGAAUGAUGCCAUGCUCUGGUCGAGAUGGGGCGAGAAGCUCAACACUGACCUGCUCCAGGUCAAGCUGGGCAACCGAAGAAUAGUGAUAGCCAAUUCUUUCAACAUGGUACGAGACUUGUUUGUGCGGAACGCGGCUCAGACCUCUGCACGACCGAGACAGUAUAUCUUCGAGCAUUACAUAGGGUACGAUAUAGGAAGCCAUUCACUGGACGACAACUUCAAGCGCCAGCGGAUGGCGGGUAUCAAGUCCGUGCAACCAAGACAGUGGCCGGUCUACUACCCGAUGCUGGCCCGUGAAGGCUUCGAGCUUGUCCAGACCCUUGCACAGGAUGGCGAGUUUGGACAGAAGUCCCUAUUUGUGCUUGAACUCUUUCGCAAGGUCAGCAUGAACCUGGCUUUUGAGCUCACGUUCGCCAAAAGAUUCGCGCGUGCGGACGACCCGUGGCUGCAAGAAUAUGUCGCCAAUGCUAAGGCCAUCACCAAGGUACGAGGCGCAUCGAAUACAUGGAUCGACUUUGUGCCAUUGAUGCGACUUCUCCCGGGAGCGAAAACCGAUGCCGAACAGGGUCGAAUCGGAUCUAAGAAUCGCGAUAGAAUGAUUGCAGAGGUUCUAGUCGAGCUGCAGAACAAGAUCGCCAAGGGCGAGGAAGUCGACUGCAUCGCCUCCUCGGUGCUGAAAGACAAAGACUCGGCGCUCAGUCUCGACCAGGCCGUAAAGUGUAGCAUGUCCAUGCUUCAAGGCGGCGUCGAAACCAUCCCCUCCCAUCUCUUUGCUGGUCUGGGAGGUCUGCUCUCUCCCAAGGGCCUGGAGAUGCAAGAGCGAGCAUAUCAGGCCAUUCGGGAAGUCUACGCCUCGGACGAAGAGGCCAUCGAGAAGUCCUUCACCGAGGAGAAAGUGCCGUACGUCUGUGCCAUCUAUAAAGAGAUGCUGCGCUAUUAUACCAUCGUCCCGUUCUCGUUGCCUCGCGAGGCCAUGACGGACAUCAAAUUGAAAAACCGCGGAGGCGUCGACGUUGUUAUUCCUGCUGGCACCUAUCUCUACAUGAACGCAGAAGGAGGCGGCCAUGAUCCCGCACGCUUCGGGCCCGAUGCCCACGAGUUCAACCCAGCGCGUUGGCUAGAAAAGCCCGAGAUCAACGGGCCCGGCCUGCCGCAUUACGCCUAUGGCACUGGCUCGCGAGCUUGUCCGGCGUGGCAGAUCAGCAAUCGGAUCAUGUACGGCUUGCUCAUGCGUAUGCUUAUCGCUUUUCGCUUGCAGCCAGAUGAGAAAGCUCCGCCGCCCCCAGACUACUUCACUUAUGGGGAGACGCCGUGGGGUGCAGUAAAUGUCCCGAAACAAUUCAUGGUCAAAUUCGUGCCGAGGGAUCCAGAGAGGCUGAAGGACAUGUUGGGCGCUGAAGGGCAAAAGUACCAGUGA